AAUUGACUGUUUCAUUUCCUUCUGCUGGCUCCACCUUACUUCCCUGUUUUCUCUAUGUCACUUUGGCUAUAUAUCUCCCACGGGUUUUCACAUUUUACCUCAUUGUAGUUAUUCGUGUGUGUCUUACCUCCCCUGUAAAUUCUUUAAAGGUAUGAGCUUUCCCCCACUUUUGUACCUUUUGUGGAAUCCAAUAUAAGUAGGUGCUCUUUAUAUGUGUUGAAUGAAGUCAGUAAGAUAUGUGUUAAGAUUGGGGGAGCUAUCAGAUUCCCUCAUCAAAUUACGAUGCUUCUUUCUCAUCUGCUGAGUUUUAUUACAGUGCCUCUUAACAUCAUCUUAGAUGAUACAUGGACUUUAUGAGGUUCUUCAUUUGACACCUCUGCCUGAAUUUUGACUAAUUUGAAAUAAGUUUUGAGUCUGUAUUUAGAGAUUUAAAGGAAUAUUCCUUCUUGUGUGUUAAUCAGAUCCUUUCUUCUCAGGUCCUGACUUUGAACUCCACAUCGAGAGAACUAGAGACAUGGUUGGAGCUAGACCUAGAGCAUGCAGGCCUUGGUGGAUGGUUCUGUACCGUAAUACCCAAGGUACAACACUCAAGGAGAUGAAAAGGGAAUACAUUCAGUGAACAGUGAAUCUACCCGAGGCUGACUUCAGAGUUCUUCCUUCUUGCUUUUACAUUUUUCCUUUUAAAAAUAACUUGGACGGAUAAAAGAUGUGCCAUGGCAGGAUAGCACCAAAGAGCACCUCAGCGUUUGCCGUGGCCUUCACGGGACAUGGAGUAUUCCUUCCCCUGGUGAUUCUUAGCACCCUUCUUGGAGACGGAUUUGCCUCAGUGUGUUCCCUGCCGCCGGAGCCAGAGAAUGGUGGCUACAUCUGCCACCCCCGGCCCUGCAGAGACCCCCUGAACUCCGGCAGCGUCAUUGAGUACCUGUGUGCCGAAGGCUACAUGUUGAAGGGUGACUACAAAUACCUGACGUGUAAGAAUGGCGAGUGGAAACCAGCCAUGGAGAUCAGCUGCCGUCUCAACGAGGACAAAGACACCCACACGUCGCUCGGGGUCCCCACGCUGUCCAUCGUGGCUUCCACUGCCAGCUCCGUGGCACUCAUUCUCCUCCUCGUGGUGCUGUUUGUGCUGCUGCAGCCAAAGCUGAAGUCUUUCCAUCACAGCCGACGUGACCAGGGAGUGUCCGGAGACCAGGUCUCCAUCAUGGUGGACGGAGUCCAGGUUGCGCUCCCGUCAUAUGAGGAGGCUGUAUACGGCAGUUCUGGUCACUGCGUGCCGCCCGCGGACCCCAGAGUGCAGAUUGUGCUGUCAGAAGGGUCUGGGCCCAGUGGGAGAAGCGGGCCAAGGGAGCCGCACCUGCAGGACCAGGGGGCCUGUUCUUCUGCAGGCAGCGAGGAAGAAGCCCCUGGCCAGUCUGGACUGUGUGAAGCCUGGGGCUCUCGGGGCUCAGAGACUGUGCUGGUGCACCAGGCAACCACCUCUUCCUGGGUGGCCGGCUCAGGGAACAGCCGAGCGGCACACAAAGAAGCCCCGGAUUCGGAGAACAGUGACAUCCAGAGCCUCACGUCAGAGGACUACACGGAUGAUAUCCCACUGUUGAAAGAAGCAUGAGGGCUGCCACGGGAUUCUCUCCUCUCUGCCCUUCCUCCUCUCCCUGUGGGUUUGAGCGCCAUGUCCUCCAGCCGCCCUCCCCGGAGACCCGAGCUGCCCACCUGUAUGUCUGUGUAUCUCCGCACCUCCGAGGGCCCAGAGGCCCACUUUGCCGGAAACUCCAGGAAGAGUGUCGCCAUCUGCCUGCUGGAAGGCUGGAGGAGCUGGCUCCCUGCCUGGCCUCGCCUUCCCACCUGUGUCGGGAACACUAUCUGAACGUGCUGGGUUGGACCCUUCCCUUCUGGAGCCCUCCGGGUCCCCUGCAGCCAGCUCUUGGGCGGCAGCCCCGCCAGCCCGUGUGGGCCCGAGCGCGCCGUGUUUACUUGUGCCUUCCCCCCAGCCCGUCCGGUUUCCCGGUCACGCAGGCUAGUUGCUGUCCUACGAGCCUUCAUGGCUGCACCGCUGCCCCCUCAGGGGCCCAGGCCUGGGUCUGGCCUGUUCGCUCUGAAGGCUGGCACCACUGCCCUUAGCAGGAGCAGAUCCGAAGGUGGCUUCAGCUGGGGCCAGAGUGUGGGGCCCUGGGCCUACCUUGGCCGACAGCAGUGGCACAUUGCCUCAGCUGAGGACCGAGGCUGUGAGGAGUCGCCCCGAGGCCCAGCUGUCUAGCUCACAUGUGGAAGCUCCUGGCCCUGGUGACUUUCUGAGAAGCGUCCAGAAGAUCCCAAGGGAGGGGAGGAAGGUGGCUGUUAAUGAUUUGUCUUCCUAAUAUGCAAGUCCUCACUUCCUACUUCCAGCAUCUGGCCUUCCUGGCCUCGGUUUUUUUUCCUCUUUCCCUGGAGCUUAAGGGGAAGGUGCCUGCUGCCUCCUGGGUGUGACGCCACGCAGCCCUGGCUUCCUUGCCGGCCAAGGCUGGUGGCGUCCCCUGUGGGACGUGAUAGUUCUGAGAUGCCUUGGGAUGCCCCGCUGGUCACUGGCAUCGGGGGCCAGUGGUCUCGUCCUGGGUUCGUGGUGAUGGAAGGGGGCCUGAGGGGUCAACCGAGCCCCCAGGCAGCUGCAGGCAGCUCCGGCCCGGCCCUGAGGGUCCUCAUCACCGCAGUCACGUGCCUUAGUAACUGUGCCCGGGAAGCAUGCUGCCACUUGCUCACUGCUGCUGCUCCUGCUCCCGCCCUCCCCUGCCACCUUCCACUGCUGACAGACAACCCCCCCCCCACCUCCCCGGGUCCAGGGGAGGGCCCCGGAGACAUCAGCACACACCCCCUGGCUCCAGGGCCCUGGUGUGGAAGGAGUGGCUCCCUCUGCCCGGGGCAGCGGCAGGGCCCAGCAGAGCUGCUACCUCUUCCCAGAGAUAUGGCAGUAAGGAGUGCUUAUUACUGUUUCUGUUCCUGAAGCACUGCCCCUCCACUCCUCCCCCAGCCUGAGAAGACUGAGCCCAGUGUGUUUUCAGUUCCUGACCUAACAGGGUAGCUCCCGUGGCCUUGGAGAGGAGGGACACGCAGGGCCUUCUCUCAGCCUCCGCCCCCUCGCUCAACACUCGCACUUUAUUCCCGCUCAUCCCGGCCUCUCGCACCCCUGUGGUCUUCCUUCCUCUCAGGUAAGGGCAGUGCUUGCCAAACGUCUUUCUCUCUGUCCUCCCCACCCGGCGCCCACGGCCCUGGCCCGCGAGGAGGAGGUGCCCGAGGGAAAGUGCAGAACGGAGCAGGCCUGCCCUUGGCCUCCAAAGAGGCCGUGUCCAGAGAUGCACCUGCCAGCCGUGGCUGGCCUGGGGCCCGUCUGGAGGGCAGGGUCCCCAUGACCCCAGUCACUUCAGCCCGCACGGGUUGUGCGCCACCCGUGGUGCCCUUGUCUUCCUCCAGAAGGGAGCAAGGCCCUGUGGGCAGCUGGGGGGCCUCCAGAGUCUCACUGCUGAGCCUGCAGCUUUCAUUUCCCCAUCUUCCAGCACCUGAAGUCGAGUCUAGAAUAUUUUUUUAAACAGAGCUCUUACCCUUUUUUAUAUAAGUACUCUGGGGGUUUUCCCCAUGAGAUUGCACUUUCUGUUUGUGGUUUAUCCAGUCACAGAGAUGAUCCGCCUGGCGCUUGAAAAAAAUGAAAAAGCCUGCCUUCUGAACCCUUCUUCCACCUUGCCCACCCAAUCCAGGGAUCACAAGCCCAGACUUGCCACCUGGGAGGGAGGAGAGAAAAGUUGGGAGGUCCCCUCCCCUGCUCCCCUGUCCCUGGCUUUGAUGAGGCCUGCCUCCUGAAGGCCCCUGGCCUGUGGGUGCUGGGCCAGCCUCACCUCCCUGCUUACUCCUGUGACUUUUUCCCGCAGUAGUUCUCAUCUCCCACAUCAGCCAUGAACUGCUGUUUCUAGAGCAUCUGGCCCUUAUUUCUUGUGAAGGAUCAGGGCUUCCAUGGCGGCCUUGGGGUGGGGCCUGGCUGAGAGACAAGGUGGUGUUGGGGGCCACCAGAGGGGCUUGGAGCAGUGGGGAAAGCUGCCCCGGUCUGGCCUCCCCCAGCUCACCUCUAGGGGAGCCCAGCAGAGGACUUGUACAGGAGGAACGGUCGGCACCAAAGGACUUUUAAGAAGCGGUUUUUUCUUUUUAUUUGCGUACACGGGCUGACUCAGUGCAGGUUUUAUAUCUUGGCAACUUGCAGUCACAUUCCAGUGACUUUCAAGGGCCAGUAAAUGAUAAAAAAAUCACUUAAAAUUUCUAACAUUUUCAAUGCCUUAGUUCAGCAGGUAGGCUCUAUCUUUUCCCAUUUUUGAGUUUUGUGUGCUGUGUUCCCAUUUCACUGGGUGUGAACUGUGAAAUGGGCCAAGUCCUGGCCACUUUGUGAGUUCUUUUGGUUUUAUAAGGCAUUUCAACGUACAUCCUCCCAACACUCCAUUUGCAAACAGAACUUAGCUCAUGUCUCAUCUGCAUUCUUCCUGCCUGCCACCUCCUCCCCUCCCCCAGCCGUGGAGCUUCGUGGAGAAGCUGAUGGCCAGACAAAGGUAUACUUUUCCUGCUAAGUCAGUGGUGGCACAGGAACCCUAGCACUCGACCUUUCCCCUCCCCACCCCCAUGGAGCUCAAACCACUCGCUUCCCACAUAACAAUGUCACUUCCCUUCCCAGGGAGCAUUCCUACAUAGAGAGUGGAAAAUGCUGCAGACAUUUCUAGAUCCUUGCCUGUUUGUUUGUUUGUUUUCCCCCCCUCCUUGAAAAUAUAGGGCCCAGGAGGGAAAGGACACAGGCUUGACAGCUUCAUUCCAGAUGUGCUUGCUGAGGACAGAGUCCAGGAGCUUCCCUGAAGCCUGCUGGGGCUCCUGGCCUUCAGCACUGGGCCUGUUGUUACUGGAGUCCAUUGAGGGGCCUCGGAGAGGAUUUCGUGUGGCAGGUUCUUGGACCGAGUGGUAGAGUAGCCGGUUCCCUGGAGAGGGAAAGGCAGGCUCAGCUUUCCUGGGAAGCAGCUCCUCUUAACCACCAGUUGAAAAUCUAGUAGAAUUUUGAACGAGAACCCCAAGGUUGAGCCCUGUGCUAGGAGCUGGGGGGAUGCGCCUGGGCAAAGCACUUGGAUCGCCAGGCAGGGAGAAGAGAGGGUUGAGGGUGGCCUGGCGGCUCGUCACACCACUAUGGAAUCUCAGCAAUUGUUUCACAUGACACACGCAUCAUUGACUGUGCAGGAUGUCACUCAAUCAGUUUGGGUUUGCUUUAUUUUAUUUUAUAUAUAUAUUUUUUGGUAUCCUGUACAUUGCAGUGGGUGUGAAGAUAGUAUUUUAAUAUUUGUACAAAGUUUAAUUUAAUUUUAAUUGUUCUCUGUAUAUAACUGCAUUUCUAAAUAAUAAUAAUAAAACAAAAGUUCUUAUGAAGGCA